UUCUGUUUUAGUUUUGAUUAGGGAGCGAUGCGGUGAUUAAAACUCGUUCUCUAAAAAACACACUUUUGUGUUCACAUUUCUGGCUGUAAUUUACCAACUGCAACUGUAUUUUUUAAUGUGCUUCUUUGGCCCCCAAAAAGUACGCAAUUGAAUGUUCUUGUGAUGUGAAAAAUGUGUACUGCUGCGGGACUCGACUAAAAAAAGACUAAAGACUAAAAGCACCACCGGAGUGUGGGAUAUGCGUUCACUGCUGGCCCACUGGAGACCACAACUGAAUCCGAAUCCGAGAUCCAGCCGCUGUAACUUUAUCCUCUCGACUUCUUUGUGAACUAUACCACUAAGCAGAGCCCUAAAAAUGAGCCUGUGUCGUAAUCUGCGCUUCCUGGAGACCCGUAAUCUGGACCUGGCGCUCGGUCAGCGGGAAAACCAGCUGGUAAAUGGCAACAUCUCCUCGUCCAUUUUUCGUGAGCGCCUCAGUGCGGCGGAGAAUCUCUACCAGCGCAAUCUCACUGGUCACUACGGUUGUGUAAAUGCUCUGGAGUUUAAUCAGAGCGGUCAGCUCCUGGCCUCAGGAGGUGACGACAAGAGGGUUUUGCUGUGGAACAUUGACCGCGAGGUGGUGUCCCUAUUGGGAAAACCCCGGUCCAUGAACGAAACCCAUGCCAGCAAUAUCUUCUGUCUGGGAUUCGACACCCAGAACUGCUCUAUCUUCUCCGGGGGAAAUGAUGACUUGGUUAUCCAGCACGAUCUGGAAACUGGAAAAAUCCUCAAUUACUUUUCGCACGAUGGACCUGUGUAUGGCUUAAGUGUGGACAGGACCAGUGGACAUCUGUUGAGCGUGGCCACUGAGCAUGGCGAAGUCCUAGUCUACGACCUGAGGGGAGGAAAGUCCGAACCUUUGGCUCUGGCAAAAUUUAAGACGCCAUUCAAUGCCGUGGAGUUUCAUCCACUAAAUGGCAACUUCCUGGCCACAGCCAACGCCAAAAGGGGCGCCAUGCUCUGGGAUCUGCGGCACCACCAGGAGGCCCUCUGCCAGUACAACUACAUACCGGAGUCACCAAGCUGCAUGAGCGUGCGCUUUAAUUGCAAUGGCAGCCUGCUGCUCACUCUCCACCGCCGACUUCCACCGAUCCUCUACAACCCCGGGUCGUCGGAGCCUGUGGCCACCUUCUACCACGACGAGUACUUCAACUCGUGCACCAUGAAGAGCUGUACGUUUGCAGGACCGCAGGACGAACUGGUGGUCUCCGGUUCGGACAAUUUCAACAUGUUCAUCUGGCGGCUCGAUGGAGUGGACUUGGAGGAGAAGAACCAGUGGAUGGAGACACCACCAGUCAUCCUCACAGGUCACCGUUCCAUAGUUAACCAAGUGCGCUACAACCGCCAGCGCUGUUUGCUCGCUUCCUCCGGCGUGGAAAAAAUUAUUAAACUGUGGAGCCCCUUUGCCCAGCAGGGCUGGGAAGGAUCUCUCACCCAAGCCGAAGCCCUGCCCUACUGCACUCGGCCGCUGCAUCGCGAGUCCUCGGAACAUGUGUCGCAAUACUUCAGUGCCCGCAACACGGACGAGGACCAGGUGAUGCUGGCCUUCUUCGACACGCUGGUGCAACGCGAGCUCGAGUCCUGGAGCACCGUGGACAACCUGAGCAGCUCCAGCAGCAGCUCGGACACGUCCAGCAGCGAGGUCAGAUCGGAGGUCACGGAGGAUCCAAGCGACGAGGAUGGCGAACAAGAUCUUGACCCUGAUCCUGAUCCCCAGGAUGAUCAGCAGACCCAUGAUGGGGACAAUGAGCAGGACAUUGACACGCCCAACGUCAGCGAACUGAGCUGGCAAACCCAUCCAAAUCGCAUAUUCUACCUGAUCGCCAAGAAGCGGCGUGCUCUGCUCCAGCUGGCGGUGCAGGGCACCACGGGACAGCCGCGCAACGUGGACCAGCUGCUCCAGCGGCUCCUCGGCGAGCAGAAGCAGGUGGCCACGCAGGCGCGGAUCAGCGACUGGCUGGAGGAGACGCACCGCCUAUUCGGGGACGACGAGCAGCCCACCACGUCGGCGGAAGCAGCGGCCCGGGAACAGCGACGCCGUGCCUGCGAUAGGCAUAGCCGGAGUCCUCGGCGGGCACAGGAUUCGAAAGAAGAUGAAACUUUGCAGUCCAGCAUCGACCGAAGGGAACGCAAGCGAAAGUCAAAACGCCAGCAAUUUUCGGUCACCAAGCACAGAAGAACGGCUCGCCAACUUCGUCCCACAGAAGUGGACAACCACAGUACCGCUUCAAAUGAUACCGACAUUCUGGAGGAGCACAAUGACACCAACGAGGACGAGCCGUCGUCGGGGGACAAUCACAACCAUAAUGCCAAUGAAAAGGAAGGCGUUCAAUCGGAUGAGCUAGAGGAAGACAGCUCCUUCACCUCAUCAAUGACCUCCAUGGAGGCGCAAUUGUCUCGGCCUCCCAGCACCUCCAGUUCUAUUAUUUUUCUACCCGAACUGGAAGCCAACAAUAACAGCCAGCUGACGUCCAACCACAAUUUUAUGAAAGAAAAUGUCAAUGGUCUAAUUCCGGAUAUUUGUAAUACAGAGUCAACAGCAUCCACGUCAUCAUCCACAUAAGUUGUACUCAUAUCGCAAUUGGGAUUCCCAACUAUUUAAAACAUAGGCUUAAAUAUGGUUUUACUUUUAAUUUGGAUCUCCGCUAAAACACAAAUGUUCGCUUAUGGCAUAAUUUUUAAGAAAUUUAAAUUACUAAACCAAACGGGAAAUAAAUCAGGUUUAAAGGAAGCAAAAAAAAUUUUAGCAACUGAAAAAUCAGUCGAAACUUUAAUUUUUCGACUGCAAUUCGCAAACAAUAUUUUCAUACUUGCUCAGAAUUGUACAUUCAUUCCCUGAAUGUUUUAUCCCUACAAAAUAGAGGGAUCUAACUUAAGCGUUUCAAGGUUUACCUUAAACUGAAAACCAUUGAACAAAUUUGUUUUUACGAUUUUUCCUCUGAAUAAACCUCCCAUAUUUAUUUAA